UCGGAUUCUCAACGUUCAACCCCGCGCGUUCUGCACCGCCACUAUUGCGACUCUCAGGUCGACACCAAACACGUUUUCUCUGUAGCCACCUGAAUUGACAAACCAUGCAUCCUUCCUGAUUGUGUGCCAGCUCAGCGCUAUGCGCAGCCACUCACCGCUCGCCCAAAAUGAAAAUGACGUCGCUGUCGAAUCUCGCAAACCAGGAUGAAGCCAACAGCAACAACAGAAGAGCACCGCCGCCUCUUCCACCACGAGCCUCACAAUCAAACGAGAUGAGCUCACCUCCCAGCUACACAUCGGUCAUGGCUAUGUCGUCACAGGAUCCUCGAUCUUCAUCGACACAAUCGCUGAUCCCAGACCCUACCUUGGAGAAUACGGGCCGCCGCCGUAUACUGCUGGUGUACAUCCAUGGCUUCAUGGGUAAUGAGACAAGUUUUAGGAGCUUCCCGGCGCACGUGCACAAUCUCGUCACCGUAACACUCGCGGAUACGCACGUGGUUCAUACCAAGAUCUACCCCAGAUAUCGAGCGCGAUAUAGUCUUGAGCAGGCCAGAGAUCAGUUCUCUGCAUGGCUUGCACCACACGAAGACCAAUGGACGGACGUUAUUCUUCUUGGUCACUCCAUGGGGGGACUACUUGCUGCAGAUGUUGCUUUGCUGUUCCGUCACCGCAUUAUCGGCAUCAUCAACUUUGAUGUCCCUUUUGUUGGCAUGCAUCCUGGCAUUAUCAAAGCAGGACUAGGCAGCAUCUUCACAAAAGUGCCACCACCUCAAGAUCACAUACUUACAUCGCCCUCGACAGGAACCAAGCCUAGCCGGAUGAGUACAAUCUUCAACCCAAAACCUGCAGACCCCAACUACAACCCAUCAUUCACCAACGAUGUUCACUUACCAGUGCGCAAAGGUUUGGACAAUGCGUUACAUUGGUUCAACAAGCACUCAAAUAACAUCAAGGAGGCUGGAAAGGGGCUAGUCAAGUCACAUUUUGAGUUUGGCAGUGCCAUGGCCGACUAUAAGGAGCUGAAAGACAGAUAUGCAAGGGUGCGGGCUCUUGAAGAGGACGACGAGACAAAACGGAGAAUGGGCAACCCGGAUGUGCAAUCACCGCCACGGAUACGGUUUGUCAACUACUAUACUGCGAGUACAGGCAGGCCGAAGAAGCCUAAAUCGCCAAAGAGUCCAUCGCCUUCUCGCCCGGGCAGCGUAGCACUGCAGCAUGGUGACAGUGAUGCGAGCGGGCUUAUCACAGAAACACAACAAGAUCUAAAAAAGGUGAACUCAGGUUCAAGCACUCCUCCACGAUUAUCAAUCGAUGUCAAGGAGCACCGUGGAUCAGAAAUCGUUCCCGUUACGCCGCAAGACAUUCUCUCUGCGACCAGCCCGCAGAAAAGCUUCCCAGAACAGGACACAGAAGGUCCAGCUCUACCGGACAUCCCACCCAUACCACAAGAGCCACCCUUUGUAGACCUCGCGCAGAUCACGGACAGAACUCAACGACGAACUGCUGAAAGGGAGCAUGACGAAGCACUCGAAGAAUACCAUAAAGCAGUAAGAGCGCGCAACAGAAUCAUCAACGAGCGAGAAGACAUCGAAGAAGAAUGGGAGAAGCAACGCCAGCAGAAAGCCACAGUGCCGCUCCAGCAACCGAAAUCGAAAUCCGAGUUGACAGGAGAGCAGCUAAGGCUGGAGAAAGAGAAGGAGAGGAUGGCAAGAGAACAAGCGCGACUCGAAGGGAGGGAGUACCAUCCACCAAGCGAAGACACCACGGCCAGCGCCCAGGAACCAUUGAAUGUAGAGACACCGGGUCUGGAAUCUGGUCUCCACAUCAUGCAACUCGGUGACUCACCCUCUCGCAGCCCGUACUCGAGCUACGAUUUCUCCCGCAGCGCAAUCCUCAGCCAAGCCUCGCCCGACGACCAAGCAUCCAUAACCGACUCAAACUUCACCUCCAAUACCACUGAAACUGCCGAAUCGAGCGAAACCAAGUUAGAGAAGAAGAAACAAAAGGAGAAGAAGCUCGGCAAGUUCUGCAUGCUGCCUCCUAAGGAUAGCUCUGGGCACAAAGAUCCCACGUGGGUCCGCGUGUACAUGGAGGGCAUGGAUGAAGUAGCUGCACACACGAGUCUGUUCUUUGUGAACGAGACGUACGAGCGUCUUGUAGGGGAUGUGGGGGCGAGGAUUGAGGAGUGGGUUAGGGAGGCCGAUAGUGUUCGAUUGGUACGGGAGAUGAGUGGGAUGGAGUGAUCGUCGAAGACGCAAAUAUCCCACCCAUAUGGCUUAGACCCAUGGUGUUCAUUGAGGUGCAUUUGUCAUUGCAGCUAUCGAACAGACACAGACUUCAAGCGACCACUUACGCAUCCUCUUAUAGACA